GUGAAAUGAACAUGGCAUUUUGGAUAGGAGUAAUAAAAUAUGGUGAAUAUAACAAUGUCAAAAAUUGCAAUUAAUUGCCAUUGGCUUGCAUAUCUUCUCAACAGUUGAACAUCUUUGGAUUUUCCUUUUUUUCCCAAGAACAAAAGUUGGCAACCAUGUGUCUUUGGCAGCUUUUUGCAUCCACACAACCACUCCAUUUCCCUCUGUUCUUCUGUAAUUCAAAUCUGUUUAACAAGGUUUAUGGAUUCUGUAGCCAUGGAGUAAUAAUUUUGUUUGCAUAUACCAUUCGCAGAGUUCAUUGAUUUUUCUGGGAAGUGGAAAGAAGAUGAGUACUAGAGUCUGGGCUAAUCUGCGUUCUAAGAAAGUUGCUUCAAUCAAGGAUGAAAAAGACAAAGUGGAAAUUCAAAGUAGCAAGAGAAUGGAUUCAGGGAAAACCAAUACGAAUCGCAGAAAAGCAAUCAGAGAAAGAAAAUCGACGUUGUUGCAUGAUGUUGAUAAGCUAAAGAAGAAACUCACACACGAAGAAAAUGUCCACCGAGCUCUUGAAAGGGCGUUUACAAGACCUCUUGGAGUUCUUCCUCGUCUACCGCCUUAUCUCCCAUCUUCUACGUUGGAGCUUUUAGCCGAGGUAGCUGUAUUGGAAGAGGAGGUUGUUCGGCUUGAAGAACAGGUUGUGCAUUUCAGGCAAGGGCUAUAUAUGGAAGCUGUCUAUAUGAGCAAUGUGGAUGAACUAAACAACCCGUGUAAAAGUUCCAAUAUCGAGAAAUCAGAGCUCUCACCUCAAACAGAACUAAAUUCGGUUUUAGAUGACAGGCCGUUGAAGGAGAAUCAACUCCGUGUUGCCAUUAAAAGCAAGCAGAAAUCUGUGAACUCAAAAUCUCGAACUAAAGUAAAGAGAUCAGUGGAGGAUGGUUUAGAUGCUCAGAAAAUGCAGCUCGAGGGAAAGAUAAUGGAACGUGAGAAUGCAGACGAAAGGAGUUCUGUAGCUCGGGAUACAAAAACAUUAUCAGGAGAUGAUAAUCCGAAUAAAAUUUCUGAGAGCAUUGUAAAGUGCUUAUUGGUUAUUUUCUUCAGAAUGAGCUCCAAAAAGAGCAGAAGCUCAACAGAAACUCUAUCUUCACUUUCAAUGGCUUCAGAGUUUAGUGAUCCAUAUCGAAUCUGUUCGAAGUUUGGGAAAAGAGAUAUCGGUCCAUAUAAGCAUCUGUUUGCUGUUGAAGCUGCAUCUAUCAAUCCCAAUAAAUCGACUAUAUCUGUGUUCCUAGUUCGCAGAUUGAAACUCCUGCUUGAGAAACUUGCUUCAGUAAAACUCGAUGGCCUUACCCACCAGGAAAAGCUCGCCUUCUGGAUUAACAUUUAUAAUUCAUGCAUGAUGAAUGCAUUUCUGGAGAAUGGAAUACCAGAGAGCCCUGAAAUGGUUGUGGCAUUGAUGAACAAGGCAACUAUAAACGUUGGAGGCCACUUCCUGAGUGCAAUAACGAUCGAACAUUUCAUUCUCAGGCUGCCUUAUCACUCGAAACAUCACCAGAGCUGCACGAAGGGUACAAAAAACGAUGAGAUGACAGCACGAAGCAUCUUCGGGCUGGAGUUUUCAGAGCCCUCGGUUACAUUCGCCCUCUCGUGUGGAAGCUGGUCAUCCCCUGCUGUGAGAGUUUACACAGCAUUGCGAAUAGAAACCGAGCUAGAAGUGGCAAAAAGAGAGUACCUUCAAGCAUCAGUUGGGGUUUUAAGGAGCAAGAAAUUGGUGGGCAUUCCUAAACUGUUGGAUUGGUAUCUGCUAGACUUUGCAGAGGAUUUCGGGUCGCUAAUCGAUUGGAUAUGCCUUCAAUUACCAAGAGAGCUUGGAAGAGAAGCCAUUAGCUGCCUCAGUAGAAGGGAUGAUAAUGAUAAUGAGCCUCUUUCUCAGGUUCUGCAGGUUAUGCCAUAUGACUUUAGUUUCAGAUACCUUCUGCACAUGUAAUUUUUUUUUAAACUUGUUUUGGUCUCUUUCGCUUCUCAGAUUCAAUAGUUUUGGGGUUAUAAAGUUUAUAGUUACAUACAGGCCAGGUCAGGUAAUAUUAUAGAAUUGUUAUAGAUUGAAAUGUGCAUUCUUCUUGUAAGUUGUAAGUAAAUUUUGGCCAUCUCUUUGGAGGUUUUAUCUUCCAAAUGAUUUUAGAUGUCUGGAAUAAAAGAAAACUGUUUAAAAA